CCGGCCUUGAUCAUCCCAAACUUGAAUAAUAUUUCAAUUCCCAUUUCAUCUCUCUCUCUCGAUCUCUAUAUAUUAAUUUAUAUAUCCUCACAGACGAUUAUAAUAUAUAUACAGUAGUAAUAAAUAUGGGUGCUUGUCUAUCUUUAUCUUCUGCUGGUGACUCCAUCUACUACAGAUCAACGUCAUUCGCCUUAGUUGUCUCAAACAAAGGCGAGUUACGACAAUAUCCAUCUCCAAUCUUUGUCUCCGAGGUGCUCGCCGAAUUUGAAAAACCUCGUGUCUACUUCCUUUGCAACUCCGACAGCUUGUAUCUGGACCAGCAUAUCCCAGCCUUGGAUUCCGAAGACGAGCUUGAUGCCGGCCAGAUUUAUUUUAUCUUACCUAAAACAAUGCUUGGCCGUCGUCUGAGUGCCCCUGACAUGGCUGCCUUAGCGGUUAAAGCCAGUGUCGCUCUUGAUUCCAAUAAUUCUACUUCGACGUCCCAUAAUAAUUAUGUCAAGAAAAAGAACAAUAAUAACAAUGCUCGUAUCUCGCCUAUGGUGUUGAUGGAAGCCAGUCAGGUUAAUGUUCUUGUGGAAGAAGAAGAAGAUGACUACAAGAUUAAUAGUCAUUAUUAUUCAAAGCAGCAGCAGCAGCAGCAGCAACGUCGACAGAACGGUGGUUUAAGAGUAUCGAGAUCAGGAUCCAUAAGGAAGAUUAUGCCUUCUUCUUCUUCAAAGAAAAGUCGUCGUCGUCGACUGGCUGCUGUUACAUCGUUUAGGCUUCGGUUGUCUACCAUAUACGAAAACGAAGGGUGUAUUGAUAAUAUAUAAUGGUCAUCCCAUCAUCAUCAUAUCAUGACAUGAGUUUCAUUUGGACCUGUCGUGAUUUAUAUCACAAGUAUUAAUUCGAUCAUGCUGUACAAAUUAAUUUUGAGACUUUCUUUUCUCUUUUUUGGAAGGCGUGGUUUUUGUUCAUCGAGAUGCUAGCUUGAUGUUAAUUAUAAGGGUUAAUAUCACAAACGGCCCCUAUGGUUGUUGAAAUUAGCAUUUUGCACCCUGUGGUCGAUUAAUGUCUCUAGAUGCCCCUAUAAUUGCAUUUUUAAUCACCAAA